AUGGGGACAACAGAAGCCACACUCCGGAUGGAAAACGUGGAGGUGAAGGACGAAUGGCAGGAUGAAGAUCUUCCCAGGCCACUCCGGGAAGAGACGGGGAUGGACGCGCUUGGCAGCCCAGCAGAAGACACAUCCUCCCCUCCCAACACGCUGAACUUCAACGGAGCCCACCGCAAGCGGAAGACGCUGGUCGCCCCGGAGAUCAACAUCUCCCUGGACCAGAGCGAGGGCUCCCUGCUGUCGGACGACUUCUUGGACACCCCCGAUGACCUGGACAUCAACGUGGACGACAUCGAGACCCCCGAUGAGACGGACUCGCUGGAGUUCCUGGGGAAUGGCAAUGAGCUGGAGUGGGAGGAUGACACCCCCGUGGCCGCUGCCAAGAACAUGCCCGGGGCCAGCGCCGAUCUGUUUGGGGACGGCACGGCGGAGGAUGGCAGUGCUGCCAACGGGCGCCUGUGGCGGACAGUGAUCAUCGGGGAACAGGAGCAUCGAAUCGACCUGCACAUGAUCCGGCCCUACAUGAGGGUGGUGACCCACGGAGGGUACUAUGGCGAAGGUCUCAGUGCCAUCAUCGUCUUUGCUGCCUGCUUCCUCCCAGACAGCAGCUCUCCCGACUACCACUACCUCAUGGAGCACCUCUUCCUGUAUGUCAUCAGCAGUCUGGAACUCCUGGUGGCCGAGGAUUACAUGAUCGUGUACCUGAACGGUGCCACCCCCCGGCGGAGGAUGCCCGGCAUCAGCUGGCUGAAGAAGUGUUACCAGAUGAUCGAUAGAAGAUUGCGGAAAAACCUGAAGUCCUUAAUCAUCGUCCACCCGUCCUGGUUCAUUCGCACUGUGCUGGCCAUCUCCCGCCCCUUCAUCAGCGUCAAGUUCAUCAACAAGAUCCAGUACGUGCACAGCUUGGAAGAGCUGGAGCAACUCAUCCCCAUGGAACAUGUGCAGAUCCCAGACUGCGUGCUACAGUAUGAAGAGGAAAGGCUCAAGGCCAGGAGAGAAAGCGCAAGGCCGCAGCCGGAGCCGGUCCUGCCCAGGUCGGAGGAGAAGCCAGAGGCGGCGCCCGCGGAGCACAGGUCUGCUCCGGUCACAGAAGAUCAGGAAACAAGACCACCCUCGAGUUCAGUGGUUUGUGAGAACGACUCAGAACUCAGCAAAGCUGCUAUGCUCAUGGUGACAGCUUAUGACAGUGGAAGGGUGGAGUCAGCCCCUCCAGAGGUCACGCUGACACCUCCCACCCUGAAUCCCAUUGUUAGCAUAGACUACCUGACGUGA